AGAACUGUGUGUUGGAGAGUUUCUCUUCUGUUCUCCAGAACAGUUGGACACUAUCAAUCCUGCAUAUUUUCAGCUCUCACGUCCUUUGAGGAAUCUCGUUUUCAACGGAUGAAGCAGCAGCCUUCUUUACAAGGAACUUCUCAGACUCUGCAUCAACAGAAACAACUCUAAUCUCAGUUAAGGAAUCCUCCAGGAAGUGAGCUCCUUUUAACACAGGCUUUUUUAAAGUUCUUUGUUAAACAUCACAAAAUGUCCAGCCUGAUGGCCAUCCUUUCCCAUAAAGAUCUGGAGAGUGUCUGCCUAACUAGGACAGGAUUUGGAUUUGCUCUCAAAGCCUUCCAUGCACCUCGGAAUAUAGAUGUCGCCUUGAAGCUAUUGACUAGCCGGAAUGCAACAGAGAGAGAUUUAAAGGCACUGCUUCAAGAGGUGGCCAGCACCCAAGGCCUACAGUGUGACAAGCUCAUGCCUCCUGUUGUCAUCUACCAGUUCCAAGGACUCCUUGGGGUGGCCACUGAAUGGAUGCCCAAUGGAUCUCUGAAUUUGCUCAUCCAUGAGCAUGAACUGUACCCAGAAUUGCCUUUUCCUCUCUGCAUGAGAAUCCUAUCAGAUGUGGCAGAGGGUCUAAAUUACCUACACAGUUUGGAGCCUCCCAUCCUUCACUAUAGCCUGAAACCCUCAAAUGUCCUGCUAGAUCUAGAAUACAGUGCUAAGAUAUCAGAUUAUGGCCUAGCCAGCUGGAGAAGGCAGCAACUACGAUCCGUCCUGCAGAAUUGUAACAACAGAAGCUGUUGGGAUUUGCUUUACCUGUCCCCUGAAAUACUUCAAGGAGGUAGCUUUUCACAAGAAGGUGAUGUUUACAGCUUUGGAAUGGUGUGUUGGGAAACCCUAGGCAGACAGAAGCCACUGAAAGGCAAAACGUCUUUGCUUGAAGCUGUGACAGGAGUCUGCAGCGGCAUGCGCCCUGGGAUUGAAACGGAGCUCAUACCAAACAGUCUGCCACAACGCAACAAAUUGCUACAGCUCAUUGCUCUGUGCUGGCAUGAAGAACCCAGCUACAGGCCGCACACUGCAGAAUGCUUAGUACUUCUACAGGAUAUACUUGCCACAUUUAGGAAGGAGAUGAUUUCUGAUGCAAUAUACAAUUUGAUUCAUGCAAAGGACUGUGCAAUUGAUUCUGCCAAAAGCCCAAUUUCUCGUGCACUUGAAACCGAUAUGCGCAAUUUAGAGGUUGUCUGUCCUCAGAACAACAAUAGGCCGAACAAGGAAGUGACUCUAAAAUCACAAAGCUUGUCGAGCCUUCACCUUGAGAGUGCUGCCGCAAGGGCAGGAAAAGAAGCCAGCCAGCCAGUCUUUGCCAACAGUACUACUCAUAACACAGUAUUAGAAAGAGGCCAUUCAACCUGUGGCAGUAAAAGGUCUUCAGGUGCUCCACAUUCCUUUUCCACUUGCCUUAUGCCUGAUUCAAGCACAGGCGUAAAAAGCACUUCUCCGUGUGGCAAAGAGUCACAGGGCUUGCAGCCACCACUAUCACAACUAGUGCAAAGACCUGAUUACAGCCCUCCAUACAGCAACCUUCAGAACAAUUGGCCUGAAAGCCCAGGAACAGGUCCUUACUGCAAAGAGAGGAACUGCUCCAUCCUAGCCUGUGGGCGAGAAACUAUCUUGAACUAUAUGACGGAAGGGCGCUUGAAUCACCUCUUGGACAUCUUGCGCUCCCAGCAACUCUUAUCCAGGAUGGACUAUGAAGCAAUCACUUCAUUCCCUACCCUGACUGGCCGGGCCCGUGCUUUGCUCGACACUUGCCUUGGCCUUGGGGAGAAGGCAGCCCAGACUGUGGUGGCCGUGUUGUCUGCCAGCAAAGGCAGCCCUUUGCUGCGAAGAAUCCAGACAAAUGCAGUGAAUUAAAUCAUUUAUCUCACAGCAUUUUUUUUUAAUUAAACAAUGUCUGUGAACUGGUCAUUUGCAAUAGGCUUGAAUCGUGCCUUCGUUACUUUCUGGCAUGGAUGAGAGUCUUGCAUUACUUCAGAGACUCUUAUUCGCUUAAAGAAGAAGCAUGAGCUAGAUUAAGAGAUCAAGUUGCCUAUUGCCUGCAGCAGGAACAUCAGCAUCCUUUUAAUACUGAUGGUCACCCAGUACUGGAAUUAUGGUGUGGCUGGUCAAGUUUAGGCUCUUAAGCUCCUUGUUCUUACUUGAAGAGAACAGACUGCAGCACCCCUUGUUUUCAUACUGUGCGAGAGGGGAUUGCCAAAACUUGGUAAAUAAAAAAGGAAAGGACAUUUAAAGGCAGUGCUGCUGCCCCAAUGAAACAUGGAGAAAAGGGUGCUGAAGGGAGCAGAAUAAAAUACAACUGAACCAUCAUCACAGCAGGUGCCUUAUUUAAAGCGACAUUUUCAUUCAUGGUUGAGGUUCAGGUAGGCUUUCCAGCAAUCAAUGAGGCAUUUUGCUCAAGUCUUCUUGAACGAAUUAUUUUUGGUGAAAUUUCAGCUGUGUAAAUGUUCUGAAAUAAUGCUUUUGAACAUGCCAGUGUGAAGAAUUUUAGCAUUCUAUAGCUAACUGUGUCUGCUAAUAUUAGCGGUGGGUGUUGUUUACUUGGUCAUAUGCAGCGACCAAGAGAAUGAAAAGGAAGGCACCUAAAGGCACCUUGAUCAACCUGCUACUGAGGCUAGGCUGGUUCAUAUAUAAUUAUUUAAAAUAUUGAUUUACCACCUUCCAGUACAUAUCACAAUGGUGUACAAAAUGAUAUUUUAAAAAGUCAUGCAGUUUUUGAAACAAGCAAUAACUAAACAUGCAUUGAGAUCGGCCAUCAAUCGCUUUAAAAAUAUGCAUGCAAAUACGUCGCCUAGAGUGUCCGUUAGUUCGGACAGAUAGGCGACUAACAAAUAAAAUUUUAUUAUUUUAUUAUUAUUACCAAUAAAGAUAACUUUCCAAAGGCUCCAACAUGGAUAAAUUAGAAGAGGGACCAGUGACAGGGUGGAACAAAAUGGAUUUGAACCCAUUCUUUGUGUGAUUUCUAAUAAUGUAAAUAGAAACCUUCUAAAUAUUUGGCGCCUGACUUGGAAUGGUUAGUUUUUUAAAAAUAUGUGCAGAUAUAUGGAGAGAGAUAUAAUCUCGUAUGUGAUGUGGGAAAACCUUCUGAACUGUUAAAUGGAUGGUUUGUGUAAAAAUGAGGCUAUUUUAUGUACGAUUGCAUUAAACUAUUUUUAAAUAAGUGUUAUGGUUUGACCGUACACAUAACAAAUCUGUGUGAGUAGAUAAACAGCGUGCAGCAUGAAUGACGUAAAAUCAUAACGGAACUUAAUAAACGUGUGAUGAAAUGGUUGUUUAAA